AUGACAUCCAGCCAGGACAAAAGAAUAUCUACUUUCCCCAGAACGAAUCUCAGCCAAACGUCUUCCCUGAAGAGAGCAAUAGAAGUCGACGACCCCAAGGACCGAAGAAACCACGAUGGAAAACUCCACAAGUCGGCGACCAAGUACAACGAGUCUCUAAAGAAAACGGAGGCUGAACCGUGGCAACUGUACCAAAGGCUUUACAAACUGAAUCUUGCCGGCCAAGGUCUCGUGAUCCACAGAAAGGACAACAGCUUCUCCGAGUUCCAUUCAAAAGAAGUGAAGGUCAACAAAAAGGAGUGGCUGUCAAGACUUACUCGGGUUUCCCACAAGAAUGUCGUGGCAUUGCACGAAUGCUUUUACCACGCCGGUGAUUUGUUCUUCAUCUACGAGUUGAUGGACGUUCCCCUGCUCUACAUUUUCUCCACUCCAUUCAGUCCGCUAAAGGCGUACGAGGUGGCUUCAUGGUGCCGUGAAGUACUGGAUGGUAUCCAAUAUAUACACCAGACGCUGGGGUUUGCGCACGGGGACCUGAGUUCCAGAAAUGUCCUUCUCUCUAUGAAUGGCUCGGUCAAAAUAGCCAAUAUCGGCUUGUGUAUGCUACAAAGGAUCAGUCAAGACAACGCUCAGGAGGACAUCCGCUCGGUUGGUCGGAUGGUGAUUCAAUGCCUCGAGCCAGUCACGUCCCUGAAGAAGGGAGAAUCAUUGAGACUUGGUCCAUGGGAUCCGGCUCUGACGAAAUUCGUGGAACACACUAAGUCGAACCCGAUUGAAGUGAUCACAAAGGUAACCAGGACAUUCAAAUACACCCUGUCGAUCUAG